AUGUUCAUCACAGUGAUGUUUGGAGCUGGCUGCCAGGAGCUGGUGAACAUCUGGUGCAGCCUAGUGACCCUUAAUGCCCACCUGAGGCAGAGAGGACAACUGCCCCCAGAUGCAACCAUUGCCCUCCUGGCUGAGGAUGGCAACCUGGUGAGCCUGGAGGAAGGCCUGGAGGAGGGGACUUCCCCUGCCCCCAGCAUGGGCAGCUCCCUGCUGCAGGAGCGAGGGACCUAUGUCCUGGUGCAGGUCAUCAGUAAGUGGGCCACAGAGGGGGAAGGCGGGGCCCCCACCCGCUAUGAAUCCCUCCUGGAGAACUUGGAUGAGCGCUAUCCGGAGCUGGCAGGUGAGUGUCUGGGUUGUGCCUGGUGGGAGGGUGAGAACUUCUCCUCAGGCCCCCUCGUCCAGGAGGACUUCCCGGAUCUUCCAGAGGAGCUGCGCAGGCUGUCAGGCCUCCCUGCCACAGGCAAUGGCACCCAGAGGAGGCGCAUGAGCACCCGGCAUGGUGGUGGUGGCGGUGGUAGCAGAGGCCAGCACCGGGAGCAAGGCCCCAAUUCCAGGCCCAGGAGGACAGGCUCUCUGCCAUCCAGGACGCGCUAGCUGGGGUUAGGAGCCAGGUAUGGGAGAGGACAGGGACACCUGGGGAGACACGUGAGCUGAGAAGAGAUGCACCCCAAUGCCAACUGCUACCCCCA